CAAAAUUCAAUGACCUCUCUUCACUCCCUCUCUCUCCUCUUCCUCUCUCCCUCCUCCUCCUCCUCCUCCUCCUCCUCUUCUCCUUCUUGCUCUCUACUCAACCACCGCCGCCGCCACCACCUAACUACUCGCCACCGCCAAUGGCCUCCGCGGCUGCGCAGCCGCCCCAUCGCUCCUCCCCCUCCCCCUCCUCCUCGUCUCUUCUCCGUCUCCUGCUCCAAGAAGACGAGGCGCCACCUUCGCCGCCGCCGGAGGCACGUCCUCGCCAACCCCGACACUGCCGAUGCCAAGUCCUCCAAGCUCGUCGCCUGCGACGAGCACAGCGUCGAGCUCACCAUCGACUUUACUAGCUGGUCCGCCCGAGCCAAAUCCGGCUUCGGUCCUCUCGUCUCCGCCGGCAGAGACGCGUACGCGGACCUGAGUACGCUCGUCACGUUGGACGAUAGUAAUAGAAUGGUGAUAUCCUGCCGAAGGUCGACCAUCCAGUUUGUCGGGAGUGUGGUGGCUUUGAGCUUUGUGGUCGUUUUCGCGCUCAAGGUCGUGGUUCAGUUGGUGCUUGGAUUUAGGUCGCGGUUUGGGUACAAGAAGAAUGAAGCUGUGGUGGUCAGGAGAGACAGGAGCCUUGGUGGCAGAGAGGUGGUUGUCGCGACGAGGAAAGAGGUUGAUGGCUCUAGGGUUUUGGAUAAUCCCCUUUCGCCUGCAUUACAGGGGACUGUCCAUAGGUCUCCCCAGAGAAGGCGUAGGAAUUUCACGCCUCGGCUUGAAGAGAAGUUGCCUGAAUGGUGGCCAGCUGCGACGACCUCGUCAGCCGUGGAUUUGGAGGUGGAUAAGGAAUAUUAUCAGAGGGAGGCUAAUAGAUUGGUUCGAGAAAUUGUUGACAAUAGAUUGCGUGGAAAGGACAUCAUGGUCGCUGACAUAGUUCAAUUGCGUCGCAUAUGCAGGACUUCGGGAAUCAGAGUCUCCUUUGGCACAGAAAACACACGGGAUUCAUUUUAUCGUGUGUCUGUUGACUUUGUUCUGAAUAUGUGCAAUCAUUCUUCAGGUCGAUCCAUCUCUUUAGAGAUAGAUGGGGAAGAUCCUAGGCAAUUCCUUGCUGGGCUUGCUGGGAACAUAGGGCUUGAGACCAUUCGUGCAGCAAGAAUUGUGUCUGCUGCUGUUGCUGCACGCACACGAUCUGGUUUUCUACAAGCCUGGGCAUUGGAAAUGCAAGGUGAACAUUCUGAAGCACUAGCUCACCUAUCAAAUAUUUGUGUUCUUCACCAAAUAUUCCCUCCGAGAGACUUUUCUCCUGAGAUGGAAAUGGUGGCUCUGGGCCUCGAAAGACAAUUAAAGCCGGAACAGAGGGAGUAUCUACUGAACAUGCUUGUCGGCGUUUGUGGUGAAGAGCGACCUAAAAGUCUGGGAGAAGCAUUGGGUUUGGAACUCUCUCUGGAUGAUGGUGCUGGUGACCACUAUGAAAGAAGCCUUUCGUAGUAUUAGGUAGAAAGAAAACAAUAAGUUGGCUUUUGAGGGGUACAAGAGCAACUGUACGUUGUAUUCUUUUCAUACCAUUCUUGUCAGAAAAACACCCUGGCAAAUGGAGUGAUCGGUCUUCAAUAAACAUCUAUUUGACCUAUAGAAGUCACUGUGAAGUGGUUGGUAUAGUUCC